AGUAGGAAACAGCAAACGGCGGUGGAGGCGCUGCUGGCUACAACGCGCUUCCCUCUCGUCAAGGAAAGCGAUUAGUUUUUACUAAAAAUGUUUAUAGAUGCUCACAAGGCUCACGGCUGAACUCUACACCACUGGGGAUGCAAUAAACGUAAUUACAUGAAGCAUCCAACAAGAUGUUUGUCAUGGCUGUGAAUAGCAAAUGUUGAGGUCAGCCAUCAUUGAUCCCCGAGGACGAACAAAUGAAGAGACAACGCUGCGCUUGAGAGGUUAAUUCUGCUGUGUGAAUCCCCACCAUUUCCUGUAUCGACCAACAUCCUUUCUUGCAUCUCAAGUGUGAGCUUCUCUUAGCACAGUUGUAAAAUGGGAAAGAAGUACAUGAAAUUCUUGAUUGUGGCACUAGCUAGCAGCCUUUGCUUUGUUUUGUUUUAUUCCAAACUAGUGGAUGUGGAAAUAACCGCCAAAGAUAAAAUCACAUCAGUUACAGCUUCCAUUCCCAGAAAGCCAACACCAGUUUUAAUAAGCACCAUCAAGAAACGAACCAAAAGUGUUGCACCAUUCAAACUUCCACCGCUGACUAUUUCUAAAGAUUUCAGAAAGAGAAUCCCCAAAAACGGCGCCUUUUGGAACCGAAAACUCCAUUCCUUUCUCAGGCAGCUGGACGCCGCCGACAAUACAACAGACCCACGGAAGAAGUUUCACUGCAGUCCGGAGAGUUUUGAGUUGCUAAAGAUGAACAUUCAGGAUGUUAAUACAUACCCUCCGCUCUACGGAGACUUCCUUCGAGGUAUGGAGUGUCGAGACUCGCCACUAGUUAUCGAUCAACCAGACAAGUGUGCGCGGGAUAAUGAAGAUGAUCAAAUCUUUCUACUCUUUGCAAUCAAAUCCACGCCGAAACACUUCGAGAGGCGGCAAGCUGUGCGGGAGACCUGGGGCAGAGAAGGAGAGUAUGAUGGACUCAAGGUACGAACCGUCUUCCUGCUGGGUCGGUCGUCUUUAGACGACCCAAAUCUGGACAAACUCAUUUUGUCGGAGUCUCAGCAUUUCCAAGACCUUCUUGUUUGGGAUUUCCACGACUCCUUUUACAACCUGACUCUUAAGGAGCACGUGUUUUUCAAGUGGAUGCUGGGACACUGUCCUCGUGUGUCCUUCAUUUUUAAGGGCGACGAUGAUGUUUUUGCUAACCCCCAAGCAAUAAUCAAUCAUCUGACGUCUCUGGAGCCUGAACAGGCCUCAUCGUUGUAUACUGGGCAGAUCAUUUCUGAGGCCACACCAUUACGGGAUCCUAAAACUAAAUAUUGCGUUCCUCUGACUUACUAUGAAGGUGCUUACCCUCCAUAUGCUGGUGGUGGGGGGUUCCUCUUUUCUGGUGAACUUCUCCCAUAUCUUUACCAUGUUUCCUUUUACAUCCCCUUCUUUCCUAUUGAUGACGUCUACACUGGGAUGUGCUUCGAAGCACUUGGAAUCAAUCCGACGAAACAUGACGGGUUUAGGACCUUUGAUAUUCGGGAGCAAGACCGAGAGAACCCAUGCGUGCACAAACACCUGCUGCUGGUGCACCGGCGCAGCCCUCAGCAGACCAUGAGGCUCUGGAGGAGCAUGCACAGCUCCAUGCUCACCUGCUGAUCUGCUUGCUAAACAUGGAUGCAUUUCCCAAACAAUGACAAAACUCACGGAUGGACUAGCAUAAUAUGAUGCAUCAAUUGGGGAAAAUAUUGUAGUGACAAGUGUUUCCCAAAAUCGUAUUUGCUCUGACACUGAUCCAUUGUUUGAACAUGUCAUGUGAAAUGUCCGCAAUGACACUCUAAACAGGGAGUUUUUGGGGGGAAAUGGUUGUUUUACAAACACAAAAAUCCUGCAUUAUUUUUGGCAAAAACUUGCAUUCGUUUUCCAUAUUAGGUGAAGUUUUCUAAACUAGUUUCAAGAGGAGCGCGUGAUAUGAUUGAGCAUGGCUGGAUUCUCAUCCAUAAUUAGUAAUAAUCCAAUCUGAUUGAUCCAAGUUUACAAUAAAUAGACCGAUUUUACCCUACUGCCUUAUCUUCGUUUUGGAAGAAUCCCCCCUUCCACCCCAUCUCCUUUUCCUCCCUUUUCCAAGGGGAGCUGUCGAGACCUACCUAAUUUUGGAACCCCUUUAAAUGCUUAUUGACCAGGCGGGAGCCUUGGGCUCAGUUAUCUCCGAACUCAAGGUUCUCUCUCUGGACAGCAUGCCAAACCUGCUAUUAACACCAAGCAUAUCUAAGUGUGAACUCUUGAAUAGAAAUGUAUGUGAAUGGCACAUAUAGGGCCUGUAUUUUAUUUACUGUACAAACACUGAGAACUUUUACAUAUUUAUUUUUUAAAACAUAAAAUCGCUUGUAAAAAGCCAACACUUAUUCUAAUCUCAUACUCAAAAAAAUAAAUGUUUGCUCUUUGUUCAAACUAUUUAAUUAAAAUGAGCUGAAACGACACAAUUCCUGAGUUUUGUGACUUAUUAAUUUUUGCAAAUUUAAGUGGAUUGAACAUAACUUAAUUCCUUCAUGUUGUCCCAACUCAAAUUAAAAAUAAUUUACAGAAUCUGAGAGUCAGAUAUAUGGUCAAGUGAUGUAAAAUCUACUGUUGUUUAUUUGUUGUCUAUAAUUAGCUAUAUUUCGAUUUAGAAAUGAUUAGAGACAUUGUAGCCUCUACAGAUGUAUGCCAUCUACAGUACAGAUACAUUUUUUUAAUUAGUCUACUAUAAAUUAAAAUCAUUAACUUGUACUCCUAUUUGUUGUUUCCCCAAGCUUUAGAGAUGUAUUAUAGAUUCAGCGAAAUGGUAUGAAUGUUUUUUUUUUGAGUUCACCAGGAAGGGAACACAAUUGAAGAUUGCUAAAUCUGAACCAUAAAAAACAAUUCUUUGAAAGCAAUUUACACCCAAGAGAGAAUUUAGUGUGUGUGUGUUUUAAAUUCAUCCAAAGAGGAAGCUUGAAUGUUUUAAAUGAAUAGGGCAUAGGGGGAUAACUGAGAAUAGAACACAACCAGGAGCUUCUCACUACAGCUCUAGAGGUGUAGUUCAAACGCACAAGUUUACGAUGCAGUUUGCAAAUCUUUGCUGGAACGAUGGAUUCUGGAAACACCAAUCGAUGAACUGUUUUUAACGACAGAACUGGGACCUUUGUUGGCCAAUGAUGAUUUUCGGAAAUGCACCCCUGCUUAAACUUUGAUGUUCAGCUAUUGAACUGUUGGAGGAGAAUAAGCUUGGGGCAGCACAAUGCUGAUCAUGGAAGUAUCUUCUAAAGAGCAUUUCUGACACCCUGGAUGAACGCCUUUUUGGUUUUUGUUUUUAGCUAUCUUGAAAGAACUUGACUUGUUUCAUUAAAUAUUGGUCUUAAAAGGGAGAAAGUUGUCUUAACCAUGGUAUGAUGUUUUGUGCAAUAUUUUUCGAGCUGUUCAUAAGUUAAGGCAGUAGAUCACUCAAAUGAAAGUUCAGCUGUAAAGGCAUCCUCUGCUUGUUUCAAAUGAAGUUUUUUUGCUGAAUAGAAAAAAAAGGAAAUGAAAUUUAGUAACCAACCAGUUACCACCAACUCUGUUGUUUGUGACAAGUGAAAAGUCAAUAAUUGAUGUCAGAAUUUUAGUUUGAGUUACGCCGCGGUCACACUAGAGUUUGAGCAUGCAAAAUUCAGUCGCACAGUGCUGUGAAAAGGGGCGGGAUUAAACCAGUUGAUUAGACAUGUAAAAAAAGAGAGCUCCAUAUUUUACACAUCUUUACAGAGAGGUCAUGUUUUGAUCUUCGAUUGGUCUCACGAAGUCACGUGAUGCGACUUCGCAGGUCAGAGUUCACAAGCUUGAACUUUGCAAUGCUGCAAAACUUGUCGCACGAGCUUGCGUUUCUAGUCUGUCGCCAGAGUUGGGAAAGCUACUUAAAAAUUUUAGUGAUCUAAGCUAUUAGCAAGUCUACUUAAAAUGUAGCUUAAGCAGCCCUCUGGGAAAUGUAGCAAGCUAAAGUAGCUUAGCUACAUUUAAGCUAUUUUUUGCAAUUUUCAUUUUUAAAUCAAAGCAGCUUAAUCCAAGUCAAUCAUAUCUUGGUCAUCAAUAAAACUGUCAAUGAAACAUAUGAGGCAAAAUAGUUCAGUUCAAUCAUUUACAGCAAAUAAUAUGCUGUUCUAAACAGAAACGAAUUAUAGUAAAUACAGCCUGAUCUCACGAGAAAACGUAAGUAUUUUACGUUUUGACAGUUUAGUGGCUAAUUCGUACGAGUUCAGUCGUACGAAAUUGUACAAUUAUAAAAAGGAGGUGUGGCACCUAACACCACCCCUAAACCCAACCGUCAUUGGCGGAUGAGUAAAUUGUACGAAUUAGAUCGUACGAAUUAGCCACUAAAUUAAAAAGUUACGAAUUGCCGAAAAUUACUGAAUUACGAAUUACUGAAAAUCCAAUUAAACCAGGUGUUACACAUUUAAAAUACUAUAGUAAUUUAGAGUAAAGGGACAUAUAGGGAGUAAGCAUUAUAUUGUAUAUAAUUACAACUCUUAAUGAAUUACACUACAUAAAGCUGCGGUCACACUAGAGUUUGAGCGUGCGAAAUUCUGUUGUACGGUGCUGUGAAAGGGGGCGGAGUUAAACAAGUUGAUUAGACAUUUAAAAAGCGAGCGAUUGCUCCAUGUUUUAAAUUUCUGUACAGCGGUCAUGUUUUGAUUCUCGAUUAGUCUCACGCAGUAAAGGGAUGCGAUUUCGCAGGUUAGAGUUCACCAAGCUUGAACUUUGCAAAGCAGCGAACUACGAAACUUGAUGCAUGAACUCUGAUGCUUUCGCUUGUCUAUGGGGAGGAAAGUGCAGAGUGACUGUGGCUUAAUGUAUUAAAACUAUUAUGAACUAAUAGUAAUUAACAUGGUAUAUUUCAGCCUUUGCUACAGUAAAAUAUAUAUAUAUAAUAAAAAAGUACCACAACAAAUUAAUUUGAGUACUUCACUGUGUAGUUCAAAAACAUUAUAGUAUAGUAAACGUUAAGUAUUUUUGAGCACAGCAUCAGAAUUAGCUUUUUUAACUUGACAUGUACUGCUCAAGGUAUGGCCAUGAGGAAUUCAGAAAUAACUCCUCUCCAAAGUCAUCUUUCCAUCAAGCUAAUUUCUUGUGUUCGCAACGUCACCAAGCGGAGUGAGAGGUGGCAGUAACACGCCAAAAAGUUUGUUGUCGACCACUGAAAAACAAGAAGAAAAGAAAUCGUUAUUCUCGCCAUAAUAUGGAUUUACUUUCAUCAGCUAGACACCAGCCUCACAGCUCUGUGAAUGUUGGUGCUGUCACUUAUUGAUCCGCGAUCGGAAAAUGAAGCUUGUGUGGACACUACAGCGCUACUUGACAAAAAAAAAAAAAAAGCUUAGCUACUGAAAAACUAUUUGAUUUAGAAAGUAGCGACACUUAACUAGAAAUGUAGUUAAGCUAUAGCGUCACUACUUAUAGCGACGCUACUGCCCAACACUGUCGCAUUUACGUGCGCAUGAAUGGAAGUCUGUGGUGAAAAGUGCAGUGUGACAGCGGCUUAACUACUGACUGCUACUAUCGACUCUUGUGUUGGAAGGUCAUUAAUUAACAGAACUUUUGUUUCAGAGUUACACUGUAAAAAUGUAUUAUUAUUAUAUAUUCCUGCCUUAAAUUAAGUUAAAUUUACUUUACAAGUUCGUUCAACUUGCAUUAAAUCAAAAAAGACUAACUUUUUAUUUACGAGUGUCUUCAGACAUCAUUUAAGUUAAAACUUUUAUAUUUAAAGAUGCAUAAAAAAAUACGCAAUGAUUCAUUGUUCACAUUUCAUACUGUGUAAACAGAUAUUUUAAAGAAUGUUUAAUCAGUUUUUUUGUAAAUUAUGAAAAUGAAUAGGCUCUCAUGGUGUUUCCACAGCUUGAUUUAAUUAAACAAACUCUAAUGCCA